AUGGACAAUGACAUCUCGGAUGAAGGCAUUCGCAGCCUGGAGCGGCCUUUGAAGAGCGGAAGGCUGAAGGAGUUGGACGAGCUUGGGGUUGGUCAGCACAUCACAGAUGAAGGCUUUCAGCUGCUGGUGGAUGCUGCAGUGGAUGGCCAGCUUCCCGAGCUCCUGGAGCUUCAUCUCCAGAACAAUCCCAUCUGUGGCAAACCGCUGCAGCAACUGAUUGCGGCGAUUGAUGGCGGCGAUGUUCCGCGUACCUUUGCUUACUUGUUUGAAGCACGUUUGGUUGGCACCUGGGCUGCAGUGAUCGCCAAGCAGAGGCCACUUGAAAAAAGCGCUAUCAAGUUCGCUGAAGCAGGUGCAGAGCCUGAGGAGCGAGGCGAAGGCGGUGAGGAGGAAGAGGAGGAGCCCCCCGAAUAUGCAGGCUGUGUGGCUCAGCGAGACCGUCCGAUGUUGCUUUCACAAAGCGCGUCCAUGGAAGACCUGCGUGGGAGUGGUUCUGACAUCAGCCUGGACACGGACGGACAUCAGGUCUUCUCGAUGAGGAAGGAUGUUGAUGACGCUCUUGGCCCCAGAAGGACGAGACAAUGGGCAUGCUGGUGCCUGCGAGGUCUUGCCAAGCUGAGCAACUUUUGCCUCGAACCGCCGCCCCGAAUAAGAAUGACAGACACCUUCGUCCCUGGCGAUAAGCCGGUCAGGAUACGAGGCAAGCUCACCGGUCACCUGUGGAAACUCAACAACAAUGUGCCGCCGACCAUGCAGCACUUCAGAAAAUUGUCGAGCUGGCGCCGGCGACUGUUUCUCAUUGAAGAUGCGGACAGUGGGAUGACAAUGCUGUAUCUGUCGGAAAAAGAAGAUGGGCUAGUGGUACCGGCGGCAGUUCUCCGCGGCAGAAGCACCAAAGGUGGAAAGUGCGUGGCGAUGCUGUCAAAAAUCGAGGUACUACCUGAGGUGGUUCUGGAACGGGUCGCCGACGACUUGCAGUACAGUACAAUGAACAGCCUCAAGCAGUACGAAAUCGCUUUCUUCGGAGGGGGCUGCUGCACCCUGCUUUUCCAGCUGGCCAUGCCAUCAGUGGCAAUCUUUUACAGCGCAGUGAAACAAGAUGCUCUGGAUCUGCAGUUCGCCCAUCGGCAAGACGCAAACAUUCGCUUCUUGUCGUUCAUCGGGACCGAGGGUUCAGGACAUCACCUGUUGACGCCGGUCUUCCGAAAGAUCAUGAACAUUAGCCUGGUGGACACGCAAGAUAUAGGUCCAGCUCGCCACAUCAGCGGGGCUACAUUCUUAGGAGGCCAAGCCGAGUUCGACGCCUUUAUGACAAACGACAAAGAGGCGUUUGCUUCUGCAUUGCGCCAGCACUCGCCUGGAGACCUGAUCCAGCAAGCUUACAGCUUCCCAACAAAGUUCCAGCACCGAACAACGGACUCAAGAGAGUACGACCUGCGCGGGCUGUACCAGAUGUUGGCUGGCGCGGGGGUGAACCAGAAGGCUGUGGUCAGGUACGAGCGUGAUCUCGGAGAUUGCGCCCGCUCUGUCUUCAAGCGGUGGCCGAGUCUGUGCUCUGGAAGUCUGGACAACUGCGAAGAGCAGCAAGCGGCCUAUGAUCGACUCAUAGAGGACCACCUCGAGACGCUAACCAAGAUGCAAGUGCCCAUCUUGCGGAUCGGCAUGGACCUGUUAAAGAGGAACUGCCACAAGUUUGGGCUCAGGUUAUUGCAGUUUUUUCGGGAGGCCAACCUAUUCCUUCCCAACUCGCCAUGGCUCACGGAGGAUGAGGAGAGAACUCAAAAUUUGACCGACACCGUCUGUACCGUUCUCCAACAUCGCGAAGAGCUUUACCAGAAUCUCACCAACUUCACCACCGAGGAUGUCAGUGCAUGA